CGACACGACAGCCGACCGCUUCGUCCACCCGACAAGCGACAGCAGUCCUCACCCGCCGACGACAGCAGUCCACAUCCCGGGCAGCAGUCCACAUUGCCCGGCGACAGCAGUCCACAUCCCCCGGCGAUAGCAGUCCAUAUUCCCGGGCGACAGCAGUCCAUACCCCCCGGCGACAGCAGUCCACACCCCCCGGCGACAGCAUGGCGGACGACAUCGAGGCCGAGCUGGCGGCGGCAGGCAAGGAGCUGGACAAGGACGAGGAGAUUGAGCGCAUCCGCAACGUCUUCAGCCUCAACGCCUACGCCGUGCUCGACCUGCAGCCCGGCGUGCCCGACGCGGACAUUAAAAAGGCCUACCGCGCCAAGUCGCUGCUCAUCCACCCCGACAAGACGCCCAACCCCAACGCGCCCGACGCCUUUGACCGCCUCAAAAAGGCCCAGACGGUGCUGCUCGACGAGAAGCUGCGCACCCGCCUCGACGAGGACACGGCCGACGCCCGCAUGCUGCUGAUGCGCGACCGCAAGCUGACGGCCGACGACGCCGAGACGCGCAGCCCAGAGUUCCUCGCCGCCUGGCGCGACAAGACGGCCUGGGUCAUCCGCGACAACGAGCUGCGCCGCCAGCGCCAGAUGAAGGCCCAGAUGCGCGACGAGGGCCGCCAGCAGCGCAAGGACGAGGAGGAGGCCGUCGACCGCAAGCGCAAGCGCGACCACGACCAGGCCUGGGAGAAGUCGCGCGACACCCGCAUCAACAGCUGGCGCGACUACCAGCAGGGCAAGCAGCCCGCCGACGGCGAUGCCAAGAAGAAGAAGAAGAAGAAGGUCAAGGCGCUUGGCUGAGCUGGGCUGGGCUGCAGCAGGGAACAGUACACCGCACCUCACGCCGUCGACCUGGAGUCUGGCGAUGCAGGCAGCAGGCAGUAGGCAGUAGGCAGCAGGCAGUAGGCAGCAGACAGCAGACAGUAAGCAGCAGACAGCAGACAGCAGACAGCAGACAGUAGGCAGCAGACAGCCGACACGAACAAAAAGCCCACACUCGCUGGUCGUCUUACUCGGAUACCCCGUCGUGCACCGCGGCCUCGCACGCGUGACCAUGGAUUCUAGAUGCGUAGAGUAGAGUAGCUAUCGUACAUUUAUGCCCACGCUCUCCCG